AUGGCUCCUAAACAAGCUUCCGGAUGGCAAAAACGUCAAAAAAGGGAACGAGUGGAUGAAUUGGUGAAGUCUCAAGCCGGUGCUAUGCAAAAGUUUUUGGCCCCUAAUCCACCUACAGUUAAUGUUGAAAAUCAACAAGAAGACUUUGAAGUAGAAUUAGAAGUAGAACAAGAACAAGAACAAGAACAAGAACAACAACAAGAACGUGUGGAAGUAGAAGACGAGGAGGAACGUGUGGAAGUAGAAGACGUUGCUAAGCAACAAGAAAAUGUUGAAAAGCAACAAGAACGUGUGGACAUAUUUGAUCCAAGAAGGUGGGAAGGACUUAAUGCGCAUGAGCUUAAGGUAUUGGUAGCGAAAGGUCCUAAAAGAGAUACUAGUAUAGAGUUUGGUCCACUUAAUCAAUAUAAUAGACGAUUUUCGGCAACUAUUUAUACAAGAACAUUAUCAAAUUUGGAGAAGUGUGACAGAGAAUGGCUAGUAUAUUCAAAAGAGCUAGAUAAGAUGUUUUGUUUUUGUUGUAAAGUGUUUAGAACUGGGGCUCCUAAAGGUAAUGGAAAUUUCUUGGGUAUCAUAGAGAUGUUGGAAAAGUUUGAUCCGGUCAUCAAAGAGCAUGUGCGGCAGAUCAUUAGUGGAGAUCUUCAUGUGCAUUAUCUUGGACGCAACAUCCAAAAUGAGAUUAUACUUUUGCUUGCUGAUGAAAUUAAAAAAGAACUCAUCAAGAACAUAAAAGAAGCAAAGUACUACUUAAUCAUACUAGAUUGUACACCCGAUUCAAGUCACCAAGAACAGAUGACGAUCAUAGUGAGGUAUGUAAAGAUAUCAUCUAAUUCUGUUAUUGUUGAGGAGUCUUUUUUGGGGUUUUUGAAUGCUAAUGAUACCACUGGGAAAGGGCUAUUUGAGGUUACUUGUGCGGAGUUAAAAUCUCUUGGUCUUGAAAUUGGUGACAUGCGUGGCCAAGGGUAUGACAAUGGGGCAAACAUGAAAGGGUCACGCCAAGGAGUCCAAACUAGAUUUUUAAAAGAAAAUCCUAAAGCAUUUUACACUCCUUGUGGUAGUCAUUCACUUAACCUUAUAUUAUGUGAUAUGGCAAAUAGUUGUGUUAAAGGAAAGAGGUUUUUUGGACACAUCCAACGUAUUUAUACUAUUUUUGGAAAUUCUGCUAAUCGUUGGCAAAUUUUGAAAGACAAUGUGAAAGGUUGGAGUCUUAAGCCUUUGUCUCAGACUCGUUGGGAAAGUCGUUUUGAGAGUGUUAAGGCUAUCAAAUUGCAACUUGCCGAUUUACGGGAAGCUUUGCUUCAAGUCGGAGAAACAGAUAACGAUGCUGCAAUUGCAGAUGAAGCAAUAUCUUUAGCAGAAAGAGAACUUAGUGAAUUUGAUUUUUUGUUAUCAAUUGUCAUAUGGUAUGAAGUGUUAAAUCAGGUGAAUCUUGUGAGCAAAAAAUUAGAAGCAAAGGAUAUGCAUCUUGAAAUUGCUAUUCAAGAAAUAAACAAUUUGAUUAAGUACUUUAAGGAGUAUAGAGAAAAUGGCUUUUCAAAAGCGAUUGAUGAAGCUAGAGAGAUUGCAAGUGAAAUGGAUAUUGAUCCGAUAUUUAUACAAAAACGUAUAAUUAAAAGGAAAAAAAGAAAUGAUGAGAGUUCAAGUAGCGAAGAAGUUGCAUUUACAGUUGAAGAGAAUUUCAGAUUGAGGAAUAUUAAAGAUGAAGAUCUCAAGUCGUCUUGUUAUCGUCUUGAAGAUGCACUCAAGUUUGAAGGGAGCUCAGAUAUUGAUGCCGAGGCACUAUAUAUGGAGCUUAAUUUAUUUCGUGCAUCACUAACCAAUAAAUUUAGCGACCCUGUAGAUGUUUUGGAGCAUAUGAAAGAAGAUGAUUAUUUCCCAGAAGCAUGCAUUGCAUAUAGAAUAUUGUUAACUAUUCCAGUCACUAUGGCAUCUGCAGAAAGAAGUUUUUCAAAGUUGAAGUUGUUAAAAUCUUACUUACGAUCUACAAUGUCUCAAGAUAGACUUAGUGGGUUGGCGAUGAUAGCUAUCAAGAACGAAGUCUUAGAUAAUAUAAAUUGUGAAGAGUUGAUCCAACAAUUUGCUAUGAAGAACGCAAGGAGGGCUGCACGAAUCAUUGGUUAG